CGCUCCUGAAUCUGAAGAGCUCCGACAGUCACAAAGGAGACCUGCUGGAUCUCAGAGACCAGGACCAAGAGCGGGAUGGAGGAGGACAACCAGGACCCGGAGCCCCGGAGCAACAACGUCCCCGGAGGACAAACAGCAGGCUCGAGCUCUGAUAGCACCGAUGUUCAGAAACAGAGAGGAAGAGACGGACUCAAACGUUACCACUGUCAACACUGUGAAAAAUCCUUCACAAGAUCUGGAUCUUUAAAGAUUCAUCAGAGACUUCACACUGGACAGAAACCGUACAGCUGUGACCAGUGUGGGAAAACUUUCACUAGAUCAGAUGACCUGAAAAUACACCAACAUGUUCACACUGGAGAGAAACCUUACUGGUGUGACCAAUGUGGGAAGACUUACACUAAAUUAAAUAAACUGAUAAUCCACCAACGUGUUCACACUGGAGAGAAUCCAUACAGCUGUGACCAGUGUGAGAAAGCUUUCACCUCAUCAGAUAAACUGAAACUCCACCAACGUGUUCACACUGGAGAGAAACCUUACUGUUGUGACCAGUGUGGGAAAGCUUUCACUAUAUCAGGUGGACUUAGAAAACAUCAACGCAUUCACACUGGAGAGAAACCGUACCACUGUGACCAGUGUGGGAAAGCUUUCACUUGCUCAGGUAUACUAAAAGUUCACCAACGUGUUCACACUGGAGAGAAACCUUACUGGUGUGACCAGUGUGGGAAGGCUUUCGCUACAGCAGGUGGACUUCAAAAACAUCAACGAAUUCACACCGGAGAGAAACCGUACCACUGUAACGAAUGUGGGAAAGCUUUCACUACCUCAGGUGUACUACAAGUCCACCAACGUGUUCACACUGGGGUGAAACCUUACUGGUGUGAACAAUGUGGGAAAGCUUUUACUACAUCGGGUGACCUAAAAAUCCACGAACGUGUUCACACUGGCUUGAAACCUUACUGUUGUGACCAAUGUGGGAAAGCUUUUUCUCAGAGAGGUUCCCUUAAACGCCACAAAUGCAGUCACACUGCUUCGUCAGCUCCGACAGUCACAGAGGAGACCUGCAGGAUCUCAGAGGCCAGGACCAAGAGCGGGAUGGAGGAGGACAACCAGGACCCGGAGCCCCGGAGCAACAACGUCCCCGGAGGACAAACAGCAGGCUCGAGCUCUGAUAGCACCGAUGUUCAGAAACAGAGAGGAAGAGAUGGACUCAAACGUCACCGCUGUCAGCACUGUAACAAAUUCUUCGCAAGAUCUGGAUCUUUAAAGAUUCAUCAGAGAGUUCACACUGGAGAGAAACCGUACAGCUGUGACCAGUGUGGGAAAACUUUCAAUAUAUCAGGUAACUUACUAAGACACAGACGUGUUCAUACUAGAGAGAAACCAUUCAGGUGUGACCAAUGUGGGAAAUCGUGCACUACGUCAUGCGACCUAGUGAAGCAUAGACGUGUUCACACUGGGGAGAAACCGUACAGCUGUGACCAAUGUGAGAAAGCGUUCGCGUUGUCUGGUAACUUAAAAACCCACAAACGUAGUCACACUGGAGAGAAACCGUACAGGUGUGAACAGUGUGGGAAAACUUUCUCUACUUCAAAUAGAUUAAAAGUUCAUACACGCAUUCACACAGGAGAGAAACCAUACGUGUGUGAACAAUGUGGGAAAGCUUUCACUACAUCAAGUUACCUGGAUAAGCACCGACAGGUUCACACGGGACAGAAACUGUACUGGUGUGAUGAAUGUGGGACGUUGUUGGCAUGGAGUAGUUCCCUGAAAGCUCACCAACGCAGACAUGCUGCCUCACUUUCUCUAGUCGUCAAACACAAUGAGGGCUCUCCGCCCACCCUCACUCCUCUGCAGGAGGGAGGGCCCUGGAAGACAUGGAGAGCUCCGACAGUCCCAGAGGAGACCUGCUGGAUCUCAGAGACCAGGACCAAGAGCGGGAUGGAGGAGGACAACCAGGACCCGGAGCCCCGGAGCAACAACGUCCCCGGAGGACAAACAGCAGGCUCGAGCUCUGAUAGCACCGAUGUUCAGAAACGCAGCAGAAAAGAGGGACUCAAACAUCACCAAUGUCAGUACUGUGACAAAUCCUUCAAAACAUCUGGAUCUUUAAAAAUUCAUGAGAGAGUUCACACUGGAGAGAAACCGUACAGCUGUGACCUAUGUGGGAGAGCUUUCACUCAGUCGUUUCACCUUAAAAUCCACAAACGUGUUCACACUGGAGAGAAGCCGUACAUUUGUGACCAGUGUGGGAAAGCUUUCUCUAAUUUGGUUAAACAAAAAAUCCACAAACGUGUUCACACUGGAGAGAAACCAUACAGCUGUGACCAGUGCAGGAAAGCUUUCUAUACAUCAAGUGACCUACAAAGGCACCAACGUGUUCACAGUGGAGAGAAACCGUACAGCUGUGACCAGUGUGGGAGAUGUUUUUCUCAAUCCGGUUCCCUUGAAACCCACCAACGUGUUCACACUGGAGAGAAACCGUACUGGUGUGACCAAUGUGCGAAAGCUUUCUCUACAUCAAGUUCCCUAGAAAUUCACAGACGUAUUCACACCGGAGAGAAACCGUACUGGUGUGAACAAUGUGGGAAAAUGUUUGCACGAAGUAGUAACCUUAAAGUCCACCAACGCAUUCACGGCGGACUCAAACGUCACAGCUGUCAGCACUGUGACAAAUCCUUCACAACAUCUGGAUCUUUAAAGAUUCAUCAGAGACUUCACACUGGAGAGAAACCGUACAACUGUGACCAGUGUGGGAAAACUUUCACUACAUCAGGUGAACUAAAGAAACACCAACGAGUUCACACUGGAGAGAAACCGUACAGCUGUGACCAGUGUGGGAAAGCUUUCACGUCAUCAGGUGAACUAAAGAAACAUCGACGAGUUCACACUGGAGAGAAACCAUACAGCUGUGACCAAUGUGGGAAAGCCUUCAGUAAAUCAGGUGACUUAAAAGUCCACAGACGUGUUCACACUGGAGAGAAACCAUUCAACUGUGAUCAAUGUGGGAAUGCUUUCACCACAUCAGGAAAACUAAAACUCCAUCAACGUGUUCACACUGGAGAGAAGCCGUACAGCUGUGAUCAAUGUGGUAAAGCUUUCUGUAAACCAGGUGACCUAAAAGUCCACAAACGUGUUCACACUGGAGAGAAACCAUUCAGCUGUGAUCAAUGUGGGAAUGCUUUCAUUACAUCAGGACAAUUAAAAAUCCACCUACGUGUUCACACUGGAGAGAAACCGUACCACUGUGACCACUGUGAGAAAGCCUUUGCUCAAUCACAUCACCUAGAAAGCCACCGGCGUGUUCACACUGGACAGAAGCCAUACGGGUGUGACCAAUGUGAGAAAGCGUUCCCUACAUUAGGUGAACUAGUAAAGCACAGACGUGUUCACACUGGAGAGAAACCUUAUUGGUGUGAACAAUGUGAAAAAACCUUUGCUCAGAGUAGUCACCUUAAACACCACAAACUUCGUUUUGAACAUUUUUAACAGCCAAGCGAGCCGUUUCCUCUGCCCUGAUAGCUGUGUUGUCUAAUCUUUUCUACAAACUGAGAAACAGACAGUAACAUUAUAUUCUGCGCAGAAUGUUUGUUAUUGUGGCUACAAUUACAUACUGGCUCCUGUUAGUUGUUCCUUGGCAAUUUCCAAGCACGAAUCGACAACUGGAGAAAGAUCAAGAAGCACAUUCACAUCUGACACCAGAGAGCAUCUGUCAACAGAGACAGAGGUUCUCUACCCAAAUACAACCACCUGUUCUCAUGUGACUGUCCCGGACUAGAGUCAUGUGAUGACAAACUAAGGAAGUUCAGUUUUCUUAAAGGGGACCUAUAAUGCUUUUUCAUAUUUUCUAGCAUUUCUACAAUGUUACAAUGUCAGAUGUUCAUAUUAAACAGGACCAAAGCUUCAAAUAAUGAGGUGAAAGUAUUAAAAGGAAAUGCCUGUAAGCUAAAUCCUCAGAUAUCCCCCUGAUCCGAACGCUCUGUUUUGAACUGUUUUUUCUACUAAUGGCUCCGUAUGAUGUCAUACCGAGCCAGAUUUCCAAAUAUGGUAAUUUGCUCCAGGCAGAGAAUGCUGGCCACGCCCACAAAGGAACAUGCAGACCUAUCCCUGCAGCAACCUGGUAAACACAUUAGACAAUGGCCAAUCGGAAGACAGUGGGCUUUGGGGAGGGCUGGGUCUCAAAGAAACAGCUUGUCUCAGACAGAUACUGAGUCACAGAACUGCAAUAUGGGGCUGGAAAUGCAGUAUAACAGGCCAUGGUCCAAAGGUCCAACAUCGAGGUAAUAUGUGUGGCUUGAGUUAAGACUCAUUUAUUACAGAUGUGUUCCCCAAGGUCAAGAAUGAAACUCCACUCCUGAUGAAAUAUUGUUUCUGUGAGCUUCAUACAUAUUUUCUUGUUAUUGUGUUAUAGUUGAACAUAUUUAAUCUUUAUUUUGUCUGUAUUUACGAUUUGUCCUCUUUUGUUUAUACAGUUGUGUCAAUACUUUUCCUGUUAUACAAACAUCCUGACAAAGUUUUUCAGUAACUUCACAUAUUCCUCUCCAGAUUAUUUUAGAUGUGUUAACUGUAUACAGAGUAGUUAUGUAUUUCAAUCUGUUGUUAUUUUCUGGUGCUCAAUGUGGUUUUUAAUCUGUUCAGACUGCAAUCAACACCAAUUGUAGUCGAGGAGAGUUAAUGAUGGCGCCAGCUGAGGUGAAGACAUUUCAGCUCAAGUCUGAAAGUUUUUGCUUACAUGAAAAAGCAGUUUGAAUAACUUUAUUUAAUGAUUACGACGUUGUAGAGAAAGCUGAAGGACAGAACCAGAUGCGAGCAGCAGCUAACGGGACAGAAGUUCUGGAAGUGUAUUGACUCAUUUCCGUUUUCCGUUCCGUGCUUGUGUGUAUGUAGCGUGUUUUUUGCUCUAACUGAAUACCAGUUAAAUUUGUUACAUUCGUCAUUAGAGUGGCAAACCAUCCGCUAGACAUCGAUCUGGGUUUUAUGGGAAUAAAGAGUACUAAUGUGUGUGCAUUCUAAAA